AAGGCUGCUCUGCCCAGCCCAUAGAUCCUGCCGGGACGCAGGUUGGAGACCAGAGCAAGUAACAACGGAAAGCCAUUAGAUCUCUUUAGGGUGAAUGAAGAUGAUGAGGGCGAUGCCGGCGCCGAAGAAGGCCUUGUUCCUCGCGGCGGCGGCUGCCGUCCUCUUCGUCGGCACCUUCCUGCUCAGCAACUUCCUCCGCGGCGCCGACCGCGGCCUCCUCUGCUCGUUCUCCCCUCUCUUCUCGCGGCCCUUCCCCGGCGGCGCCGACGUGCGGGGUGAGCUGGCGCUGGCUUUGAUCCACUACGCGACCACGUCGCAGGUGCCGCAGCAGUCGCGGGCGGAGAUCCAGCUCACCUUCGACGUGCUCCGCCGCCGCGCCCCCUGCAACUUCUUGGUCUUCGGCCUCGGCCGCGACUCCCGGAUGUGGUCCGCGCUCAACGCCGGCGGCACCACUCUGUUCCUGGAGGAGGACAAGGAGUGGUACGAGCUGGUGCUCAAGGGCUCCCCUUCUCUGCGGGCGCACCACAUCAAGUACCGGACCCGGCUCGACGAGGCGGACAAGCUGCUGAAAGGCUACCGAGCGGAGGCGGAGUGCCGGCCGGGGCGGGCGGACGGCGUCGCAGGGCUCCGGCGCAACGGCGGGUGCCCGCUGGCGCUGGUGGGGCUCCCGGACGAAGUCUACGAGAAGGAGUGGGACGUGGUGAUGAUUGACGCGCCGAAGGGGUACUUCCCGUCGGCGCCGGGGAGGAUGGCGGCGAUCUACUCCGCGGUGGUGAUGGGGUGGGGACGAAGGGGGGAGGGGCAGACCGACGUGUUCCUCCAUGACGUCGACCGGAAGGUGGAGAAGGCCUUCGCCUUGGAAUUCUUGUGCCAGAAGAACCGAGUAGGCGCCACCGGCCGGCUGUGGCACUUCCAGAUCCCUCCGGUGAACCCCAACCAGACCAGCUCCGGAACUACUCAGUCAACCAUGACUUACUUGACGUAUCGUCUUUAUCAUCUUCUUUUCUGGUUCCUUCUGCAUCAUUUUUUGCUCAAGAAGCAAGAACUUAUGUUAGGUCUCACCUUCUCAAACGAAUGCAUAUCUCAUGACAAGGGUCUCCAUUGUGACUUUGCUUACCUCUACAACCUCUUUCGCUACAAGCUCUCAUAGGAGAGUCUAUUAUUAUUGUUGUUGUUGUUGUUAUUAUUGAUAUUGAGUGGGAGUUUAUCUGUGAUGCCCUUCCUGUCACCCUUGUUGGGAUAAAUGGCGAACUCAUGAGCCUUAGGACAUGACAAUAUGUACAAGGUGAGCAGUCCGUCUGACUAGAUGGAGCUUAUCUCAUCUCAGGGAUAGCCCACCCUUUUUAAAAAGAGUGAGGGAGUUGUAGAAGGCUUCUAUGAUGUCGACUUUGAAUAAUAACGGGGCUAUCCAUGUUGCUUAA